GUCAAAUUUGUGUGAAAUUUUAAUUUUUCUUCAAAUAAAGACAUAUUUCUUCGAUCAGAAUUGUCAGAAUGUUGCCUGCGAACCAGAAAGACAAGAUGUUCAGUAAAAUAGACAACAUGAAGAAAGACAAGUUCCUGGACAAGGCCAAGGCAAUGAGGGAGGAGCGAGCACACAAACUUCAGAUUGAAAAUGCUGUGCUUGAUAUUCAGCGAUACACCCGAGGUUACUUAGUGAGGACAAAACUAGAGCAGUCUAUAAGGCAUGAGGUGGACAAGAUGUUACAAAUGCCCAAGCUCCCUGAUGAAGAAUACAAACCAACGCUAGAACCUUCUUUGAACUUCUACCUAACUAUCAAAAAGUUUCUGUUUGUGUUCAAUGAGACACAGGAUACUAAGAGAUUUGAAUACUUGUGCAAGUAUCUGCUGAUCAGUAUGGAAACAGAUGUCAUGAGAAAUAACUACUUGGCCGCGGCCCUAUCAAAGAAGGAUGUCUUGACUUGGAUACAACAGCUGAAGUGUAUUUUGUGGCAGUGUUGCCUCUUCCUAAAGAAACUAAGGCCCAAUAAUCCAAAGGAGAUGAAAAUAAUCACCACCUAUCUACACAUGAUGAUCAACUUCACAGCCACGACAAAUUGGAAAAUCCUUCGUGGAAAACCAGGUGAAGCACUGAGGCCCGGUAUGAAUCAGCUGUGUUCUAACAUCAUGAGACAUCUGAAUGCCAAGGGACUGUAUCCAGUACUUGAGACACUGCUGAGUAAGGGCCUAGCCAGGUCAAAGCCAGUGUUCAAGCACGCUACCCUCUCGGCAAUCAUCACAGUAGCCCUGAGACCCUUGAUUGCUGCCAACUACUCGGACAACCUCCUCACUGUGUUUUUACUCCAUAUUCUAUCAGUGCCUGGGGUCAUAUACCACAUUUCUACAACAGCACAAGAGUGCCUGGCAAUCCUAAUGACCCACCGCCUCUUCAAGAAGUGCAUCGACUUACUGGUAAAUGAACAAAGCACAAAGAUCAUCUUCAACACUUUAGAGGGCAACUAUGCACUAUGUCUCCUAGCAAAUCUGAUUCAGCUCGGGAACUGUGAACUAGAGGGUUUGGUUGAGAACACACCAUCAUUCAUUACUGUUGUGAUACGUCUUCUGAAUAGUUGUAAGCAGUAUGUUGAAGGCAAGAGGUCAAACCUGACCCACUGGCAUCCAGUGCUGGGCUGGUUCUCCCAAAAAACAGAUCAGAGUUUACACGAAGCAAUGCCCCACGUCGUCAAGCAGCUACAGCUCCUGUGGCACAUUAAGAUGGUGAAGAUCUUGUUUGCUGACCUCAUUUCCUCCGUCGAGGCGCAGAAUGCCAGCCGUGCUACUCAGCAGAAGGAACAACAGGCUUCCCCGACCAAAAACCUGAUCCGCAGAGCAGUGGAGAAGGCCAACCCAAGACAGGCCUCGAUCAAAAUCAAGAUGGAUAGUCCUCUUGUCUUCAACACAUGUGCGGCUUGUACUCUGUAUCAAACAGCUCUUGAAACUCUGGCCCAGCUGCGUAUGGACAUAUUAGCAGGUCUCUCCUACCAAGACUUCUUGCUGCCUCUCCUCUGGAGAUUCAUGUGUAUGAUGGGACCUCAGUGUGGCCUCAAGAACUACCUGGAGAUUCUCUCAACUUAUCCGAACGACACUGACCACUCCUUGUUUCACAUGCUCAUGUUGUUUGCCGAUGCUGCUACACAUCUUAUCAUAAUUCUGGAUGAUAUCGAAUUGUAUGAACACAACAAGCCGUUCUCCCUCGAUGACAUCUCCAGACUGAGUUCAUUCCUGAAUCAGCUCAUUUUUAAGAUGAUAUGGAACAACCUACUAGAUGUCAAGAUUGCAUCAAACAGUACCUUCUUCAAUUCGAUUCAUUCCUUACUGAUGACCCUGUAUGAUAGAGACUGUCGGCGUUCGUACACUUCAGCUGAUCACUGGCUUAUCAAGGAUGUGAAACCUGCUGCGUUCAUUGGCGAGCUUGAACGAGGCAAGAAGGCUGCACAGUUCCUGCUACAGAAAACACCACACAUUAUACCACAUAAAGAGAGGGUGAUUCUGUUCCGAAAGAAUGUUACAAAGGAGAAAGACGUGCUAGGUCUGACAGAGUCUGCGUGUUCAUCGCCUCAAUCGACCUUGAUAAUGAUUCACAGAGCAAGAAUUAUUGAGGAUGGGUAUCGGCAACUAGCCCAGCUUCCGCCGCGAGCUCUCAAGGGUGUGAUCAGAGUGAAGUUCAUCAACGAACAGGGUCUUGAUGAAGCCGGAAUUGAUCAAGAUGGUGUGUUCAAAGAAUUUCUGGAAGAGACUAUCAACAGAGUGUUUGACCCAUCUUUAAAUCUAUUCAAGGCAACGAUAGAGCAGAAGCUUUACCCAUCACCAACGUCACACAUUCAAGAAAAUCAUCUUCUUCUCUUUGAGUUUGUGGGCAGGAUGCUGGGGAAAACAAUCUAUGAGGGGAUAGUAGUAGAUGUGCCAUUUGCUAACUUCUUCCUCAGUCACAUUCUCGGCCAUCAGCACAAUGCCACCUACAGUUCAAUUGAUGAACUACCUUCUCUAGAUCCAGAACUCUACAAGAGUUUGAGCUAUGUCAAGCACUAUGAAGGCGACAUCUCCGACCUCGAGCUGACAUUCUCAUCUGAUGAGGACUUCAUGGGCAAACUUGUCACCCAUGAGUUGGUGCCUGGGGGCAAAGUAGUUUCAUGUUGCAAUGAGAACAAGAUUAGUUAUGUUCACCUGAUGGCCCACUUCAGAAUGUACACGCAAAUCAAAGACCAAACUCAAGCAUUUAUUAAAGGAUUCCGAUCCAUUGUCAACCCAGAGUGGCUGUCCAUGUUCUCAACACCAGAGUUGCAGAAGCUCAUAUCUGGAGAUACCACAGAUAUUGACCUCGAGGACCUCAGGAAACACACUCAGUAUUACGGAGGCUUUCACAAUAACCAUAAGGUGGUUAGCUGGCUUUGGGAUAUUCUACUCAAAGACUUUACACCCACAGAGAGGAGUCUCUUUCUCAAGUUUGUCACGAGCUGUUCCAAGCCUCCCCUCCUGGGCUUUGCACACCUUGAGCCACCAUUCUCUAUCAGAUGUGUGGAAGUCAGUGAUGACCAGGACACUGGUGAUACUGUGGGAAGUGUCCUGAAAGGUUUCUUCAACAUUCGUAAAAAGGACCCAGUUGGCAGGCUACCGACGUCGUCCACUUGCUUCAAUCUCUUGAAGCUUCCCAACUAUCAGAGGAAGAGCACGCUACGCGAGAAGCUACGAUAUGCUAUAACCAGCAACACAGGAUUUGAGCUGUCAUAAAUAUGUCGGUGUGCAGACAAUGUUAAAGGGACUGAGUACUGGCUGGUUCAUCAGAUCAAUACAGGUUUCAAGAGAGCAAACGGUAUCUUUUUGUGGCAGAUGAAAUUGAAAGGUAUCUUUCACUUGUUUUGGAAAUCCACCAAAGUAAAAUGCCCAUGAACAGUUGACAGUUUGCGGUAAGAUAUUAGAGGACAUCUCUGUGUUAGUUGUACAUGUAUUCAGCAUAAUCUACUCAGUGUGAUUCUAUCGAAAUCAAAUAGCAAUGGAUGUGAUGGCCAAUGUUAUCUAAAUGGAAAAACACAGGGUGGUUUUCAUGUAAGCUUUGACUGUUUCAUCUAGAAAGCUAGCCAGCGCUAGGGUACAUGGUAGCUUGAUAAAGUGGCUCAUGCACAUUUCGUGAGACAAUUUUGAUGUGUGAAAUAUUCAGUCUGUCUAGAUUUUUCAUCAGCUAGAGUAUGAUGUCACAGAUCAUAGGCCUACAGAGGUUGAAGACUGAUACGAAAUGUUUUUGAUGAUUGUUCAAAUUCAUUUACUGUGGGUGUGGCUAAAAACUGGAUGCAUGACGAAUAGCUUGCGGUGCUGUUCUAAUGUUGCGGUCCAUUUCAAUUUUUGGCAUUAUUUGAAAAUAGAUUUAUGUAUGUUGUGGUGCUAUGAUUGGAAGAUGGUCAGAAGCUUGAUGCUUGGCUUUGUGAUAUGGAUAAUAUUUGCUAUGUUUGUAAGGCAACUAUAAUUUUCAGUUGGACAUUAUUUUUUUCGGCCGUGGGUGGGUAAUGAAUUCAAGGGUGACUUCACCAGAGUAUGGUGCAUGGUAAAUGAUGCAGUUAUCGAUUUGAGUCUUGUCUGCCCCCUGCAAUCCUUUUGUAAAUACUUAUAAAUAUUAACUUAUUCAUCUGUUUCCAUUUUCAAGUGUCUCAAGUUGCCAUUUUUGUAUUCUUUGCAUAAGAUUAAAGCCAUUCUUAUCUUGUUGUCAAACUUAACUUCAUGGUUCCCAGGUGGGCCAGAUAUUGUCAAACUGACAAAUUUGGGGUCCUUAGGUGGGCCAGAUAUUUCACCGGGGGGGGGGGGGGGGUUAUCAGUGACAAUUUUCAACCGCUUUGCCAUAAAAUAUUUCGGCAUGACAUCAUGAAACAAUGCAUGCAAUGGCGUACACUAAUGUAGUCAUGAUGUUAUCAUCAAGUCUGUUAAGCAGUUCACCAUGGUUGGGGCUUCCUCAUGUUGCUUGAUUAAAAGACGCUAUCAUCAAGAAAUAAGACAAGUACUAUAAUGAGUGUAUUGUUGUAUGACCUUCCCUGUACUCGCAGCCAUUGAUGGAUAUUUGUGUAAACCGCACUGCAUGUACAAAGGUAAAUAAAGGAAUAGA